AUGAGCGACAGCGCUACGCCAGCGUCGCGGCCGACGGAGCUGCGGUUGGAGGGUGUGAUCCAGCCUGUGAAUGGAGUGGCGUUUGCGGUAGACAUUGGCGGGAGCCUAGCCAAGCUUGCGUACUACGCAGUCCACAAGCGAAGGACCCUGUCCGUGAAAGGAGACGAACAUCGCCCAUCAUCACUACACGCGGGGAGUGGCGUGAAGCCAGCCAACGCUGGAGAUCAGAAUGGCGGCAGCAGUGCCGGCCUUGAGAACGGUGAUGACGCAAGCACAAGUGGCACUGCCGAAGACCAGAAACCCGACCCCACCUCCGCCGCGCGUGCCAACAGCCUGCCAUGUCCUCCCUCAUCCUCCUACACUGUCCUGGAAGAGGAGGUGGAGGUCGGGCGGCUGCACCUGUGCUACUUUAAGACGACGGAGCUGGAGGAGUGCGUGCGCUUCAUCGAAGACAAAAUGGACAGCGGUGACCCGUGCGUCGUGCGAGCAACCGGCGGCGGCGCGCACAAGUACCCUGCGCUCUUUGCAAGCAACAACAUGGACGUGCACAAGCUGGACGAAAUGGAGUGUCUUGUCCGCGGCAGCAACUACCUCCUGAAAUCCGUGCCGGACGAGGCGUUCACCUUCAACAAGGACACGACCCCUCAGCGCCAGUUUUUCCGGCCAAGCAGCGACAUUUUUCCUUACCUCCUCGUCAACAUCGGUUCUGGCGUGAGCAUCAUCAAAGUGGAGUCCGACACGGCCUUUGAGCGCGUCGACGGCAGCGCGCUUGGCGGUGGCACGUUCUGGGGGCUGGGCUCCCUGCUCACGGGCGCGGGCGGGUUUGACGAGAUCCUCGACCUCGCCCAGCGUGGGGACUGCCGUAACGCAGACAUGCUCGUGCGCGACAUUUACGGCGAAACAACGCCACAGUCGCUUGGGCUGGACCCAGACCUCACGGCAUCCUGCUUUGGCAAGGCGCGCAAGGCGCAGGAUGCAGCGGCAAGCCUGCUGCAAAUGGUUGCCUUCAACAUUGCCCAGAUCAGCUGCCUCAACGCCCGCCUGCACAACAUCCGUCACAUAUUCUUUGCCGGCUUCUUCAUCCAGAACCAGCCAACAACCAUGCACAUGAUCACGCAGGCCGUGGCCUACUGGGGGCGGGGCGACAUCUCUGCCCUCUUCCUUCGCCACGAAGGGUAUGUCGGUGCUGUGGGCAGUUUCCUGGGUGGUGUGCCAACGCCUUCGGAGGAGGACGACGAAACUCCGGCUCCCACGCUCCCCGAGGCAGUCCAGGAACAGUACAGCAUACCUUCCUUCAGAUUUGGGCCUCUGCAAGAGACAUUCAACUUUGAGAUUGAGCAGCACGACCCGUUUGUGCGCUUUCCGCUUCUUCCAGACCUUGCGCAGUACAAACCAGACACCAUUGAUCUCAUGCUGGACGAACACGCCCGCGACUACUGGCUCGCAUGCUUCAAAGGCAACAUAGAUCGGGAGUACCAGCGAGCCCUCGACUGUGAGACUGAGGCAGAGAAACAGCUUCGUCAGCGAGCAGACGCCUUCCGCACCACGUUCCUCACACACAUGAACAUCCUCUCCACGGACCCAAGUGUUUACGGGGAAUUGAGCGUCCGCAUUAUCCUCGAACUUCGACAACAGUGUCUGCGUGAGUUUGGGUUUGGGGACAUUUACUCGGCGGUCAAGUGCAUGGAGAACGAAGCCGCACUCGCCGUCCUUCCAAGGCUGCUCGGGGAGCUGAACGCACUGCCUGCUGAAGAAGAGCUCUUAGCCGUCAUUGAAGGCGCACUUGCUGGGAACUGCUUCGACUGGGGUGCUGAGGCGGUUGCGCGACAGCUCGACGCCGGCACCAUCGAUUUCCUGGACCAGAGAGCCAAGAUACGUGAGAAGCGCUGGUUGCACGACGACACGCAGGCCUUUGUUGCAGCGACCAUGGCAGGAAAGUACGACCACGUUGUCAUGUUUGUGGACAAUGCAGGCGCAGACGUCGUGCUGGGCAUGCUUCCGCUCACUCGUGCACUCCUCAAAAUGAAAUGCCGCGUGACGCUGGCCGCGAAUUCCAAGCCUGUGUUGAACGACAUCACAUUCCCAGAGUUGUCCGCACUCGUGCAAGGCGUGGCAAAGUUGGACCCCGUGUUCUCUGAUGCCAUUGCCGCCGGGGCGCUCAGGGUGCUUCCGAAUGGGACUGGGUCGCCGUGCAUCGACCUCAACCGUGUUGGGUUGACGCUUGCGCAGCACGUCCAUGAUGCAGACCUCGUCAUCCUUGAAGGCAUGGGCCGGGCCAUUCACACAAACUACGACGCAAGCAUGACGUGCGACACCCUCAAACUGGCAAUGAUCAAAAACGCGUGGCUGGCGAACAAGCUUGGCGGCGAAAUUUACGAUGUCCUCAGCAUCAGGCUGCAGCAGUUGGAGCAGCAGAUGCGUGGUUCACGCACACAGCCGCAGGCAGGCGGCUUCAUGGCAAGCGCACCGCCACGCAGAGGUGGAAGACGCGGCUUCUCCAACAACAGCAACAACCACGGACGCCAGGGACGCAACAACGGCGGCGGUAACGGCAACGGCAACGGCAAGGGGCGCCGCUUCCGUGGCAACUGUCACUACUGUGGCAAGUAUGGACACCGUGCAGCAGAGUGUCGCAAGAAGCAACGCGACAACGGAGCAACAGGCUUCACUGCACAGGCACAGCAUCAACAUGGUCAAGACGCAGCAACCUUCGUCGCUACCACAGCUACACCCACGCAGCUGCAUGACCCACUCACGUGGCUUGCAGACACGGGUGCUUCACACCACCUCACCUUCGUCAAGGACGCCUUCGUGGAGCUGUCACCGCACCUGCAACAGCACCAUCCACGCCACAUCACUGCGUUUGGCGGCACACGUGUGCCCGUGCGCGGUGUUGGCUCUGUGCUGUUGCAUGCACGCACGACGAGCGGAGCUACGAUGCAGAUUGUGCUACAGGAGUGCCUCUACGUGCCCGAGGGCCAGGCCAACCUCAUCGCCCUCGGUCGUCUGACCAGGGACAGCAGCGGCAGGCCAACGGGCCACUCGCAGCGUGAUGGCGCUGAUGGGCACUACGUGCGCUUCAGCCACGGAGCCGAGGUCAAGCUGAAGGAGCGCAGUAGCCUCCGAUGCUGGCCCAUUGUUGCUGUUGGUCCAUCCACGGCACACGGUCUCACCGCCGAUGGCUGCAAACAACCACAGCAACCCGCAGCAGCUCCUGCAGCCCAGAGCAAGGUGCAGACACCAUCGAUGCAUGAGGUGCUUGGCCACCGCAACGACAACGACGUGCAGCAGUACUGCAAGCUGAUGGGCAUCGACGAUCGCAACGCCAUCAGCAGCAAGCAGUGUACAACGUGCGCAGUGACCAAGAGCACUCGUCACAGCGUCAGCAAGCACGCGGAGCGCACACAGGUGCCCGGCGAGCGCAUCCACGCCGACAUUGUCGACUGGACCGCGGACUCACCCACGGGCAAGCGCUACAGCCUGUAG